AUGCACAGUACUUCUCAUCUCGUGUGGUGGCGAGACGGGUUUCCCCACCCUGCUUUUGGCUCGUCAGCCGUCACGGGCACUAAGGGAUGCAACCAAACUCGUUGGGGACAAAGCGUGCGCUCCACCUGCAGACGCUCCUGGCGCACACCCCCCCCCAAAGCCCCAAAGCCCCAAAGCCCUCCCCUGUGGCCGGUGACCUGA